ACCCACCCUAUACCACGACAGUUGUUUCCAGCAGCCCAGUCAUGACGCAGAGCAACCAGUCCUGCUCCAGUCACAAUAUAACGUUCAAAAACAGCCUGUAUGCUACCACCUACACCCUCAUAUUCAUCCCCGGCCUCCUGGCCAACAGCGCUGCCUUAUGGGUCUUGUGCCGCUUCAUCAGCAAGAAGAACAAAGCCGUCAUCUUCAUGAUCAACCUGGCCAUGGCCGACCUGGCUCACGUCCUCUCGCUGCCACUGCGAAUAUACUACUAUAUUAACUCCACGUGGCCUUUUGGGAGAUUCCUUUGCUUACUAUGUUUCUACUUGAAGUACCUCAACAUGUACGCCAGCAUUUGUUUCCUCACCUGCAUCAGCAUUCAGAGGUAUUUCUUCCUGUAUCAGCCGUUCAAAGCCAAGGACUGGAAGCGGCGGUACGACGUAGCCAUCAGCGCUGUGGUGUGGCUCUUCGUUGGGAUCGACAGCAAGGUGGCCACUGUGCUGAUGACAGGCACGGCGGAGCUCUUCGGGUUCAUCGGCCCUCUCAUCAUUAUUUUAUUCUGUACUUGGAAAACAAAAGACUCUCUUCGGGGCUUCCAGAUACCGCUCCAAAACAGCAGCGAGAGGCGGAAGGCUUUAAGGAUGGUUUCUAUGUGUGCCAUUGUGUUUUGCGUGUGUUUUGCACCAUACCACAUCAACUUCUUUUUCUACAUGUUGGUGAAAGAAAAUGUCAUUACAGACUGCUUCCUGAGUACCAUCACGCUCUACGCCCAGCCCUUUUGCUUAAGUCUUGCGAGUUUGGACUGCUGUUUGGAUCCAAUCCUGUAUUUCUUUAUGACUUCAGAGUUUCAGGAUCAGAUAUCAAGGCACAGCAGCAUGGUCAUCAGGAGUCGGCUCAUGAGCAAAGAGAGUGCCUCAUCAAUUAAGGAAUGACAGGAAAGCCAGCUUAAAAGAAUUAAGAUAUUUCAUAUGAAAUCUGGGACUGUUCUGUGAUACUCGAUUACCAACUCUGUUGUAGAAGAUCCUGCAAGUUUAUUCGGGGGAGUUUUGUGGCAGCGGAAAUCUUUCAACAGAUAGAAGAUAAAACUCUGUUUAAGACCAAUGUGUUGGGAGCUGAUGAGCGACCCAACUGGCGUGACUACACCUACCGCUGUGCCAUCCGCGCCUGACCUAGCUGGACUAGAGAAUAUACAGGAGGGAGCGACAAAGCUUUUGCUAGGAAAUGGUGGAAACAUCCCGGGAGCUUUUCUUCUAUUUUCCCAACUUCAUGGCUCUAUGAUCACACCAAAGACAAUCCCACGUCCAUACACUGACAUCCACUGAAAUAUCUUCUCUGCUAAAAACACACAACGCAUACAAGAACCCGAAAAUGGCCGUAAUAAUAAAUGGCAGUUUUGGUCUCCGCACUCAGGGCUGCAGACACGUGAAGGUUGGCAGCUUGCUUCAGCACGGCAGCCCCGGCUUUGAGUGCAUCCCACUGGUCACCACACUUCUGCUUCACCUUUCCCUCGCUCCCCCUCCUGCUCUUGUUCAUUUCCUCCUCACCCAGCUCUAAGUUUGCUCCUUAAUCGCUGAUGCAUCCCGUAACUUGCACCUACAGCUGGUGCAAGACCCUCUGCAGGACAAAUUCUCCUGAUGGCUCCUCAAACACUCCAGAGAAUGGGACCUUCCCUUGCUCCGAGUGACUUUCUUCCCCUCCGAGCUGCCCCUGGGGACAAGGGGGGCAUCAGCACGUGGCCUUUGCCUUUGGACCCCGAGGGCCAGGACCACCGGGAGCGCGCCACGGGCUGGGCGCAGCCGGACUCAGCAUCGGUGCAGGUAGAUUUGAGGAUGCUGGUGGUACCGUUCAGGUCCUCGCUCUCUUCUGCGUGUGGGUUCUUCGCCUCAGAGGUAACUGCGAUGGAUCCGCCCCAUGAAAUCUCUGCUCAAUGGGUUCAAUUGGCACAAUUUUUAGAGAGAGAGGUGUCCUUGCCAAGGUGAUUUCACUAACUGAGCAUAGGCUAAUUUCUUAAGUAAAUUAUUCAUUGUGAUUUUUUUCCACCAGCUCCUCUCUUGAUCUUAAUGGUUCCAUUUUUAUAACUUCUUCGGCUAUAAAGAUAUGAAAAGCAGUGACAGGAAAGGAUGCCAUUUACCCCUUAUUUUAAAUUAGCGACAGCUCUUCAGCCAAGUUCAUCCACUUUGUGUAGCUUCAAGGGUAUCCUCGUGAUACCUGGGGAUUGUUUUGGCUGAACACAGGCGCUGAUUUUAUUGCCUUUGAAAACCUGUGUUUUUUCAAAAGGAACGCGUACAAUUCUCAGUAAGCACCAGUGCCAGCAUCUUACAUGUUGCUAAAAAAUAGAAGAAAUACCAGAAAUACUUGCUAAGUAUAUUUUAAAUCUAACUACUCAAUUCCCCUUAAUUACAUUUUAACUCGGCCAAAAGUUUUCUGCAUGUUGUGUUUUCCCACUUGACUGUUUUACAAUAAAAUGGGAAAAAGCAAACAAUAGCCAGGUUUAAAUAACCGUUACACUCGAGUUCCUCUAAAAGGCAGCGAAGACAUACUGAUUAAAUACAAUAAGCUCUUGUAGUUCUCCUCCCAUUUGUGAGAAGAUGAUUAUGGGCUACAGUACGAUGAACUUAAUCUUACAUGUAGAUAAGUGAAAAUACCAAAAUAUGCCUAUCUGAAGGAAGUAACUUUCACAGAGAGAGUAUUAUUGCAGGCUUCUGGUGAGAAAGCUGCAGAGUAGGCAAACAGUCCCUCUCCCACUGAAGUCAAUGGAAAUGUCUUCUCUGAUUUAACCGGCAGUUUGUUACGCCGGUGAUAUACGUACACGUUUACACACUGCAAGUAGUCGCCUUAAAAAUGAGAGCAGAGGUUGGUGCUCAGGUAUGCAGUUAAGCAUGCAAAAUGAAAUUUUUGUCAGUUUAGCAGUUUUCUCAUAAGCUAGACACUGUAUAAUAUUGUCAGUGAAGGAGACGUUAGUUUCAAUGGUUGUUUUGAGGAUUUUUAUGGACCUUGAUCAGCUGGCACGUGACUAGGAGCUGUUUACUGUGGUUUCUUUCUCAUAGAAUUCUCCAUUUAUCAGGUGAAAACAAACUGAAGGCACUGUUAUGGUAACUAUGUAGCUUGCCCUACAUUUUUCUUUCCAAAAACUGAUGCUUAAAAAAUAAACAUAUUUUUGC